GGUUUCAUUAAUGUCGACAUUCGCGGAUGCCACGAAGCUGUAUGAUCAAUCGCGCAUCUUGGCCCGUUCGCGCUCGUUACUUGCGAGUGCGCGUGCGUGCACCAGCAUGGCACUUGCGACACAGCUCCAAUGCACGUUCGCCACCCGCGCCUCAAGGUGGCGAACAUGCCUCCAGCAGAAAUACUGAGCAUGGAGAAGAGAGCAAAGGUGCGAUGACCCGGAAGCUGGAGCAACUUAGCGAAGAGUCCUUGACGACAGGCGGACGAAGUGCUCGAAAGUCUGUCGAGGAAAUGGGCGGAGCUUCGAGCUUCAGUGAGGAUUUGCGUCAGCAGCUCGAAGGCAAGAUUGCUGCUGCUGACUUCCGCAACGAUUACGCUGGCGCCAUAUCGCAAGCAAAUUUGCCAGCAAGCGCUCCUAAGCAUGUACGUGAGAGCGCGGCUGCUGAGCCAUGGACCGGGACGGAGAGCAUUGCAGAUGCCAGCCUACGGAUGCUCAAUGAUAGCACUCGGUCUAUGCCACGCGGUGGUGGCCCUCCACGACAAGUUGAUACGGGCCGAUCGAAGACCAAGUACAGUGAUGGCGUACGUAUUGCGAACGCUCGAGAAAAGGCGAACAAAUAUUCGAAAGACGACAUGAACGGAAUGACCGAUGAGGAGCGCGAGAAGUUCCGUCAAGAAGUUCAGGCCCGCUUUUUACCCGGCGCUCGUCAGGUCGCCGCUUCAGUCCAGGGCAUAGUCUCAUUGGCAAACCAGAGAAUUGAAGACGCGAUCGCUCGAGGUCAAUUCAAGAAUAUUCCUCGUGGUCAGAAGAUAGAACGCGACCAUAACGCUAGCUCACCGUUCAUUGACACCACCACGUAUUUGAUGAACAAGAUGAUCAAGAAGCAAGACAUCGUGCCUCCCUGGAUUGAGAAACAGCAGGAAGUCAUAGCGACAGCCAAUACAUUUCGAAAGCGUCUGCGCUCAGACUGGCGGCGACAUGUGUGCCGAGUUAUUACUAGCCGUGGCGGUAGUCUUGAAUCACAUGUGAAGCUGGCUGAAGAAUACGCAUUCGCCGAAAGUCUCGAGAAUCCAUCGAAAGAGCAGAUUGAAAAGAUGAACGCCAUCGACAGCCAGGGUCACCUGUCCCAAAUCACCAUCGCUGGAGAGCUCAAACCAGGAAAUUCGGACGAUGCGACGCAAAUGGAUGAAGAAAUCAAAUUGCUCGAGCAGACAUUCAACGACGAUGGCACUUUGAAGUCAACCGAGGAACAGGUCAAAAUUCGUACACAGCACACUAUGCUGUCCCAAGCGCCACCACCAGAUGCACCGCGAAGACCUACUGUUGCGCCCUUUCGAGACCCUCAAUGGGAGAAGACCGAGUUGUCCUACCACAAGUUGGCAAUCAAGCAGCUCAACGAGCUGACUCGAUCCUACAACCUCAUGGCACCCAAUCUCGCGAAAAAGCCCUAUUUCUCACUGGAGCGAGAACUGCGUAACUGUUUCGCCGAUGUAGCGCCUCAGGUCGCUGCCGCAAUUCAUGCCAGGGCGACAGCGCCUAAAGUCAAGGGCAUAGAAGUGAUCGGUCACAGACCUGGCUCAGUGCUCGACAAAUUUGCAAUGGACGGUGCUGGCCACGUGUACGAUGAGCGGAAACCUCAAUACGGUUUCAAAGAAUUCUGGAGAGACCUCUUCGCACCCAACAAAAGCUAACCCAGAUCCGGCUUUUUCCAACGAGAGAAUUUUGAGUCCUUACUGUGUAUCAUUGAGAAUAACGAUAAAGGAUAAAAAGCUCAACCAGCAAGAUUUGUGCGCGCAGUUUUGUUGCAGAGGAAACAUCCAAGUUUUUUCGGCGUCCCAGUCCCAUCAUACUGGUUCCCAGUCUCGACCUGGUUCAGUUCUCAUCCAAGUGCAAGCGUUCCUGAGCACUGUCCCCGGAACACGUGCGACGGAUUUCCCUGUUCAACCAGAUCUCAUGCUGGUGCGACGGGACAUUUUUCCUUGCUGAUCAAUCCGACAAUGUUGCCGCUGGCUUCAUCACGUCUCGGCACAUCAAUAAUGCCUGAACACUGUCAGCGCGCAAGCCGCGGUUCCGUCCGGGCUUCGCGACUCUCAUUUGUACGUCGACCAUUGAUUGACAUCAAUGCGUAUCCCCGUCCGGUGCCUUUCUCGCAACGAUUUGUCACAGCAAUGGUCCACGGCCAUACGAUAACAGGAGGUAAAGUUGCAGUAGAUCGGUCCUGCAAGAUGAAAGUCAAUCACGACACACCUGUAGUGUAGCAACACCCGGAUCCGGCAAACGCGUUCUAUACCCUAUAUGCAAGCUUUUAGACUUUCCGGCAGAGACAGACUGGUGCGGGCGGGCGUGGUUGAUGAUCUUCGUGGUGGAACUAAGGAAAAUGCGAACCAGUUGGCUGCAAGCCUGCAGCUGUCGGUCGGACGCUAAUUCUCAAGCCUUCUGCCAAUUAUGCCCACGAUUGGUACCCGACGUGUUCGAGCUAAGCAGCCAGGCACGAAAACUUACACGUGAAAAGAUGGUUCUGGAGUCGGAUCUUGGAUAGAGAGUAGAAAUGAUUAACUGAUUAAAGUUUACUUAGUUUUGUUGGCGAAGACCGGCU